GCUGGCUGGCUGACCGUGUUUAGUCAAUAUACAAAGUCAGUCUCUGUUAAAGACUUCACUUCUUCAACACUAUGCAACUGAAAAUUGCUGUGGUUCUUGUUCUUUUCUGCGCUGUCUCAGUGCUCAGUAGAUCGUAUCGGGGUCCUGGAAUCGUUUCCACAAACUGCUGUACAAAGGUGUCCCGGAAGCCAAUUCCAUUUCAAGUUACACACUAUAGGAUACAGCCAGCAUUGUCCCCCUGUGUCGAAGCCAUCAUAUUUUACACAGUAGAGAAAGGGCCUCUGUGUGCUGAGCCAAAGGCACGUUGGGUACCAAGAAAGAUAAAAGAGAUUACUACCAGAAUGCAGAGUAACAGCAAUCAAUGAAGCUAAAUGAAUUGCUCUCUGGAAGAUCGAGAAAAUAAAGACUGUGGCAUUUUCUUAUUGCUUCAUUAAUUUUUGUGUAUAACUAUUUGCAAUUAUGUGAAUCUUAAUUUAUUUUCAGUAAUAUUCUGCA